AUGUCUGACUUAAAGAAUAAAGAAGUUGUUAAUUCAACUGACCCAGAAGUUGGUGAUUCCUAUUCAGUCACCCAUAAUGAACCACUUGAGUCAGGUUCAAGAUGGCAAAGAUUUAAAGAUUCUUUCAAAACAAUGGAAGAUGAAGAGAUUGACUCCUCGAAUAUGACUGAUUUGGAAAAAGCUAUUGCAAAGACUGCUAAAUCUCCAUUACACAAAUCAUUGAAAAAUAGACAUUUACAAAUGAUUGCUAUUGGUGGUGCUAUUGGUACCGGUUUGUUUAUCGGUUCUGGUGGUGCUCUUAAAACUGGUGGUCCAGCUGCUUUGCUUAUUGGUUGGGGUUUAGUUGGUACUAUGAUUUACGCUACUGUCCAAGCUCUUGGUGAAUUGGCUGUUACUUUCCCAAUUUCUGGUGCUUUCAAUGUCUAUUCAACUCGUUUCAUUGAUCCUUCAUGGGGUUUUGCUAUGGGUUGGAAUUAUGCUUUACAAUGGUUGGUUGUUUUACCAUUAGAAUUGGUUGCUGCUUCAAUUACUAUCAAAUAUUGGAACUCUCACAUCAACCCUGUUGCUUGGGUUGCAAUUUUUUAUGUUUUAAUUGUUGCAAUUAACUUUUUCGGUGUCAAAGGUUAUGGUGAAGCUGAAUUUGUGUUUUCCUUUAUCAAAGUUGUCGCAGUGAUCGGAUUUAUCAUUCUCGGAAUUAUCCUAAACUGCGGUGGUGGUCCACAAGGUGGUUACAUUGGUGGUAAAUACUGGCACGAUCCUGGUGCUUUUGCUAAUGGAUUCAAAGGUGUCUGUACUGUCUUUGUUACAGCUGCUUUCUCAUUUGCAGGAACAGAAUUAGUUGCGCUUGCAAGUUCUGAAAGUGCUAAUCCAAGAAAGGCAUUACCUCGUGCUACAAAACAAGUUUUCUGGAGAAUCACAUUAUUUUACAUCAUUUCCUUGACUUUAAUUGGGUUAUUAGUUCCAUAUACCGAUGAAAGAUUAGGUCAAGGUUCAUAUAAUGCUGCUGCUUCUCCAUUUGUCAUUGCUAUCCGUAAUGCAGGUAUUUCAGGUUUACCAUCUGUUAUCAAUGUUGUUAUUAUGAUUGCCGUUUUAUCUGUUGGUAAUUCUUCAGUUUUCGGUUGUUCUCGUACAAUCACUUCAUUAGCUGCUCAAGGUUUCGCCCCAAGUUUCUUUACAUUUGUUGAUAGAAAAGGUCGUCCAAUCUUUGCUGUUUUAUUAUCAUUGUUUGUUGGUUUAUUAUGUUUUGUUUCAGCUUCUGAUAAACAAGGUGAUGUUUUCGAUUGGUUAUUAGCUCUAUCAGGUUUAUCUUCAGUUUUCACCUGGGGUUCAGCUUGUUUUGCUCAUAUUAGAUUCAGAGCUGCUUUGAAACACCAAGGUCGUGACCCUCAUACUGAAUUAGCUUAUACUUCCCAAUGUGGUGUUAUCGGUUCAUGGUAUGGAUUUAUCCUAAAUGUUUUGAUUUUAAUUGCACAAUUUUGGGUUGCUGCUUUCCCAUUGAAAUCUAAAUCAACUGCUGAUGGAUUCUUCAAAUCUUACUUAGCAUUCCCAGUUGUUAUUGCCUUUUACAUUUUCCAUAAAAUCUGGAAGAAGAACUGGCGUUUAUAUGUCAAAGUUUCAGAAAUGGACUUGGAUACUGGUAGAGCUGAACAUGAUUUAGAACUAUUGAAAGUUGAAAUUGCUGAAGAAAAAGCAUAUAUCGCUUCAAAACCAUUCUAUUAUAGAGCUUAUCGCUUCUGGUGUUGA